AUGGCGUCGAGUCUCUGGGCUCUUCUGCUGAUAUGUCUUAUGGCAUUUGUCACCGACCCUGUUUCUGUCGCAGCACGGUGGUUGUCGGACAUUCCUAAGCCGGAACUCCCACACUUGCCGGAACUUCCCAAACCCGAAGUUCCAAAGUUGCCGGAGAUUUCGAAACCAGAACUCCCCAAGUUGCCGGAGAUUCCCAAGCCAGAACUCCCCAAGUUGCCGGAAGUUCCGAAAAUGGCGGAAAUCCCACAGCAUGAGACUCCGAAAGUGCCGGAGCUUCCCACAUUUGAAGUGCCCAAAGUGCCGGAAUUUCCCAAACCCGAAGUACCAAAAGUGGCGGAGGUUCCAAAAGAACCGGAGAUACCGAAAUUACCAGAAUUCCCGAAGCCGGAGAUUCCUGAGAUCCCAAAGCCCGAGACUUCGGAGAAGAACGGCCCAAGUCAUUAA